UCUGAUGACCCAUAUCUAUACCUAUCAUAAGAGCAGACCCGGCGACAUUGACAUUAAGUUCUUUUGAAGGUUUAGAUAAGGUACGGGCAAUGGGAUGCCCCAGCCGGCGACGCUCCCUUCCGCGGUGUACAGGAUGCCACCGCCUCCAGCCGGGGGGAUCAACGAGCCCCAGGAAUGUCCCUACUGCCGCCGUACCUUCUCCUGCUACUACUCGCUGAAGCGCCACUUCCAGGACAAGCACGAGCAGUCGAACACGCUCUACGUCUGCGAGUUCUGCAGCCGGCACUACCGGACCAAGAACUCCCUGACGACGCACAAGAGUCUGCAGCAUCGCGGCUCGACGGGGGUGCUUAAGCGGCUGCUGAAGACGCCGGCCAUCAAGAGCGUCCUGGCCCAGCAUCCGCAGAUGCAGCAGCACCUGCACCAUCAACGCCAGCAGCAGCCCCAGUGAGCCAGCUGGAGCCACCUGGGGACUCGUCCAGCAUAAUCGGCAGUCAGGACUGCGGAGAUCGUGCUGGACCAGCUGGGAAGUUCCUCUCCCAGCUGAACCCGGAAGUGUCUAGGUGGUGGGACCUAACCGGAGCGAAAAGAGGUCCCUGACGACGAGCAUCACCCAAGGCCCCGGGUCCAGGGUAUUUCGGUUCCCCAGGGGGUCCCGUGAUCAGCUGGCAGGACCUCCCGAGGAGCCGAUCAGGGACCUCCAUGAGAGGUAGAUCCUCGACCUCGGUCAGGGUCCACGGUCUUUCACCUGCGGCAGGGUGCCGAACCUCCGGGAAUGCCACGCGAGAUGGACCACUUUGGUCCAUCCGCUUGGGUGGCUGUCGUCCUUCCUGGGCGACCGGGUCUCCGAUAAGGACGAUACGGACGAUAGGGUGGCGCGAGCGAUGCGCGAGCCAGACUCCGAUUCCGAUUCUCGACUCCGUCGUAUUUCUUCACGAAGACUGCGUUUAUCCAAAGAUAAGGGGACUGCUAAAAAUCGACUGAGAAAUUUUUAGGAAGAAAUUUGUUUUUUUUUUUCUUGUUUCAUUUCUAAUUUUUUUGUUUCCUUUUUUUUCUUCGUUUUAACUUUUAAGUUCCUUGACCAAAAGGCUAACCACCGAAUUGGAUACAUUCCAUGCAAUUUGGGGAAGGGCGGCGAGGGUGGUGCGGAAUUAGCUGGCGGUCGAUGGAUGUCGGUAGAUAUCGAAAUCCCUGAUAACUGAUACUGGGUGAGAGGCUCGAGGACGGGUUGAACGAAGAAAACGCAGAUCCUCGAGUUUGUCUCUCGACGAUACCGAUAUCGUUCUUGCCGAUGGAAUCGACUUUUUUAGACUCUUUUUGCCUGACGGCGCUCAUUCUUGUCUUCCCGAGCUCUUAACGCGGCAGACUUCACUUCCUCGUCUCGUAUCAGCCGUUAUCAGGGAAUCGAUCGCUCGCUAUCGAUCUCGGGGACCGCUCUCGCUCGCCCGACUGUAAGGGAUCGUUAUCAUAUCUGGAUUAACAUUGGACUGUAAUUAUUUAAUUCGCAACGAAGGAGACUGGACGACCGCUCGAAGUCGACAUAUUUUCGAUAAUUAUUCUUUUCUUCUUUUUUUUCUUUUUUUUCUUUAUUCCUGCAAAGAAAAGCCGAGACGUCGUCGGUUUGGAGUGAACGCGACGCGGGAAGAAUCCGCGAGUUUUUCCCGGGAGAUUUUUCCUAGGGAAGAUCUGGGGGAAAAAUGCGGACCAGAGACGAGAGCGAUUAUACGAAUUUGCCGGCUCCCUUGACGCCGGGACUCAUGUAUUAAGGUAUAUAUGUACAUUCUGUACACAUAUGCACGCCGCCGCGUGUGAAUCAAGAAAUAUUAUAUAUAUAUAUAUAUACAUAAAAAUAUAUAUAAAUCUAUAUAUAGUUAAGUCAAGAGAGAGAGAAUUAAGGGUCGCGGUUAUUGAAUCUUAGGCCUAAAUGGAAUUCGAUUACAAAUGGUGGACGAGCCCUGAGGACGAGAUUAGUUAUGCUCAAAUUCAACAAAGUCUCACGAGUCGAAUACAAAGGACGAAAAUUAUGCGCGAGGCGAGAGGGUGGUAUUUAGGGUAGGCGUAUAUACAUACAUAAAUUAUACAAAGUUAAGUAAUGGCGAGAGAGGCGUGUGCACAAAGACGCGGACUCAAAAU